UGCAGAAGUGUUGGAUUUCAUGUGCUGCUGGAGGCGGAGCGUGUGGACUCUCUAGUCUGCAGGAAUACAACAAAUACAGCUGAGCCGCAGCUCCGGGGAUCUGAAGCUCCUUGUGUUUUAUCAAUUAAAGCACACAUCACCUCCUGACAGGCUUUACAUCCACACCGUGGAUAAGAUGCACCUCGACAUGACUCUCCUUCAGAUUUUUUCUGUGCUCUUACUGCCAGGAGCGUGGGGUCAGUUCAACACAAACACAGUUGGCGUGGUGGUGGAGGCUAAGAACAUCACCCUCCCUGAAGGCUCCAAGGCCGUUCUUCCCUGCCACAGCCCCCGCAUGGUGUGGACCCAGGACAGGCUGAAGGACCGUCAGAGGGUGGUCCACUGGGACUUGGUGCGCAGCAGCCCGGAGUAUUCUGUGGAGCGAGUCCUGGACAUGUCCCCUGGAGCCCGCCAGAGGGUCUACAAUAGCGUCAACAAGGGACGCAUUUUCGUCCCAGACACGGCUUUCAGUGACGGCAACUUCUCCCUUAUCUUUGAAAAUGUGGUUGCAACGGACAAAGGAGUUUAUACUUGUAAUCUGCACCAUCACUACUGCCAGAUUCACCAGUCCAUACAAAUCCAGCUCAAUGUCACAAAGUUAGCUCGUAAAGAGAAACGUUACUGGGACGGGGAGAAGACUGUGUUCGUGGUGAUGUUGGGCAAGUCGGUGGUGUUGCCUUGUGUGAACCGGCGCUCUUUGUGGAGGGAGGGCCUCCAGGAGGACCAGCAACAGGUGGCCCACUGGGACUUCCAACCCCCCGGUGUGCGUCCUGACAAGGCCGACCGCCUGGUGGACCUCUAUGCCUCUGGAGAACGGCGAGAUUAUGGACCACGCUUCGGGACGAGCAAGAUGAGCGUGGAAGAGGACGCUUUCACUUUAGGGGACUUCUCACUGUCCAUCCUUGACUUGAAGCCUGUCUAUAAAGGCCUGUACUCCUGCCACCUGCAUCACCACUACUGUGGACUUCAUGAGAGACGCAUCUUCAGGCUCAAUGUGGGACCUGCACUUCCCCCCGCACCCACAACAGCACCCAAAGUUGAUGUGCCAGAGCCAAGGACUGAGCAAGAGGUGGAGGGUCCACGCGUGGUGAACGUCAUCUUUCCUGAGCAGCGAGGUUAUUUCGUGCAGCAUUUGGGCUACUUCCUGGCAACGUUCUUACUGCUGGCGUUCAUCGUUGUCGCUGUCAUCGUGAUGACUAGGAGACGCAAGAAGAGAGGGCUGGAGUACGACAUGCGUAGAUAUGAUCGGGGAACUCUGACCAGUGGAGGUGAAAUGUCAUUAGAAUGCACAGAACUGAGGACUUGCAACCAAGAAGAACCUCUGAAUUCAGACUACAAAAACAACCUACUGAAAGAGAGAGAUAUGUCCAAAGACUGCAAUAUGGACCUUGAUGGGAAGCUGUGGAAGUGAGUGCGAUAUUUCUGAGAUGCUGCUGGCAGGUCCAGAGCAAACACCGGAAGAGUAAAGGGCCGUGGAGAGAAAGGAAUAAAAGAGGAAACCCAGGAGAGGACAGGAGGAAUGCUCCCUCUGCUGUAACUGUAACACACUAAGCUUUUCAACUAAAAGCCAGCAUCAUUUUUUUAUACAUGUUUUUUAUAUAACUUUCAUCAGCUGUUAUAACAAUAUGGACAUGUAUUAUGAUCCUUGCAUUCAUUGGUUGGUUGAUGAUGAUAAUUAGGCAUUUUUAUCAUCCUUUUAUCAUUUUUUUUUUUUAUAAAAAUGCAUGCUGUUUAUUGAGUAUAUUUUAUGUAUACGUUGCAUGCUCACAGCUAUUUUCCAUUCUUGAAUAUAUUUUUUUUUGCACAAUUUCUGCUCUACUGUAAUUUGCAAGGGUGUUUAAUAAUGCUUUAAAGGUUAUAUUACUGUAGUAGUCAGUUUCAGACAGGGGUUGGAAACAAGUGCCACACAUUUCUUGCUAUUAUAGGAAGACAUUUUACACUUUUUGACAAAUUAACUUUUUUGAUUUUAUGUAUUCUUUAGACUUUCAGACCUAAAUUCCUCUCUGAAUAAUAUUUUUCCCUAAUGGAUUCAUCUGUUCAUUGGUAACUUAUCAAAUGAAAGAUAUAUAGCAAAAUUGUUGGACCACUGACUAAAGGCUCAGUCAACCAAAACUCAGGUGAAAAAUACAAAUCUCUUAUUUGGUAUUUAAUGGGCUGUGCAGUGUUUGUUUGCAUCAUGUACUCUGGAUUGUAAAACACUGAAUUUUCACUACUAAAUCUGCUGGUCAAUGAUAGGUACAAACUUGUUUUAAAUGUGCGGCUAUAGCUGUAUGAGGUUUACUGCAGGAAGAAGAGUGUUUUACUUUUUCAGUAAUGCUUAAUCACAAACUGUAAUCUCGAUUCCGUUUUCUCUUUUCGUCUCUUUUGCACACUAUUUUUGGUCUCUUCUAAGAAAUAUUUCUUCUAUUAAAGCUUCACAACAGUG